ACAGGAAAAAGUAGGGAGUUACAUCAGUAGAUAAGUAUUCCCUAAGCUCUGCAAAAGCAAUCAGUCCACUGUAGUUUGAGGUUCAUAAAAAGGAUCCUUAAAGUUACCCUUCAGUUUUUCUUCAAAUUCCUUGAGUUUAAAGAACUCCACUGCCUAACAUGCUUUCCUGGGAAAGAAUUCGUCUGGUUUUACUGACUGGGUUGUCUUUCUACAGCCAAGUUAAUCUCAGUACGUCAGAACUGCUGAAUGCAUCCUCUGCUGUUAUUGAUGAUCUCUAUGAUGGAUGCCGUGAAGAAGCCAUGAAGAAGUUUAAUCCUGACAUUUUAAAACAAGAGCUUGGCAAAAGUGAAAAACUGGAGAAAGCUUGGAACAAAUGGGAGCAAGAGAAAACAAAAAUAAAUUGUUCAUCAAAGAUCCCUGGAGGAAAUAAAGAGCACACCUCUGCCCUGUCCGUCUACCACUACGGGGAUAGAGACUUUAUUAAGGAGCUGAAUAAUGCAGUGAAGAUGAUGAUGAUAAAUGUUACCACAUAUGAAAAUGACUUUCAUUUCAAGGCCCUUCAUUUCCUACUGAUGGAUUCCAUGAAGUUGUUGAAGCCAAAGGAAUGCAAGGAGGUAUAUUUAGUCCAGGAGGAGCAAAUAAAACAAGAACCAAACUCAAGUGUAAGGUUUGCAAGUUUCAUCGUUGCUGAAACAGACUUGGGAUUGAUUGAUUAUGCAGACCAAGUUGUUCUUAAAAUAAAAACUGGCUUCUACAUCGACCUGGGGGACCAGCUUUGUCAGAGAUAUCUUGGUAAAAUACUCCUAUCUCCGGCUGAAGUCUUCAACAUAGAGACCGUAGCUGAAAAGGAGAAUAAGGAUGGUGAUGAGUUCAUUGAAGUUGUUUUGGCCCAUUCUGCAAUAAAAGGCAACCACAACUGUGUCAUGUUUUCAAGGGAUCAAGACAGAGGAACACGGGGAGAGAAAGAAGAUAAAGCACUAUUGGAAGGGUCUGCAGCUGACUUCUCCAACAAUUUGUUCCUUCCACUACUUGUGGCAUUAGCAAUGCUUUCCAUGUGUCCUUAAGAGAAAGAAAUCGCUGACUCUGAAAUCACUGGAAAAGAAAAUUAAAGCUCUGUUUUUGUAAAAACAAAAAGUACCCUGGAAACAGCCAUCAAUUAACUGAAAACAACUUUCAUACAAUGUUCUUUCUUUGUUGUGUUUAUAAAAGUGGUAAAAAAAAAAAA